AUGGCUGGUAAAUCGGCCUAUACGGGUUCCGCGGAAACCGCGCUGCGCGAAGUGAAGCAACUGAUUGACGAAGGCCAACUUGCGCAAGCUAGUCGCCUGUGUCACAAGGCAAUCAGAGUUCAUGGCGGAGUAAACGAGUUAUACCGAGCGAAGUGUUACUGUGACAUCCAGCUGUCGCGGUGGCAGUCGUGCCUCGAUACUGUGGGGUGGCUCCACCUGUUCGUCGAGCACCCUUCCAUUGGUGGCAGCGGCAACAAGCGAUGCCCGAAGCGGCUGCGAACUGAAACUCGCCAGCGUCGAGAAGAGCAGCACGCAGAUCGGCUAGAGGCUGUGCGCGGAGCUGCCGGCACGCACAUUGCCAACGGUGAAUGCCAAUGGCUACACUUCGAGCAGGCCUACAGCUACUACAAGUUAGGAGACCCUGAACGCGCGCUGAUUGCGUUGCGUAUGUGCUCAUCGGAAGAGCGCCCGCGUGCGCUGAACAAAAGUAACGCGGGUUCGGAUUCUGCCGCGGCGUCCGAUGCUGAUGUGCAUUUGGACGAGACGCUGUCUCCGAAGUACCGCUUUCUGCUGGCCCAAGUUUACGUACGUCUUGGCCGCUAUUCCGCUGCGCGCGCGCUUUACACUUCAGCGCUUGCCGCCAAUGACGACCCACUGGUUGCCCUCAACGCUCUGAGCACGGAUCUAAACCUGGUGCCUGAGCUCGAUGAGGCCUCUCGGAAUUCGAUAUUUGAGGGGAUUGAACGCGGCAUUACCGAGAAGGCUGGAGCCGGAGACAGUUUGGGGUACGAAUACUUUUACAACUGGGCCAUAGCGAAGUUGUUGGAAGGAGAUUUCGAAAGCUCGCAAGAGCACUUGGACGUGUCGGAAGAGCGUCUGACCGCUGAGCUGCAAAAUGACCUCGGAGAAAAGAACGCAUCCAAAGACCAGCCGGAAUACGCCGCUCUGGGCGCUAUGCGCGUGUUCCUUCUGCACCGGCGUGGGUGCCAAGAUCUUGCUAGGGGCCGCAGCGACGCGUUACUGGACAGUUUCGACGCCAAGGAAGGCGUUGACCCAGGUGUCAUCUUGAUUCUUCUCAACAAUGCGCUUUGUCUGUGCGGCGAAGAUGCCGACACGUCGAAUUUGAUGUCGAAGAUGGAGCUUCUUUUGAAGCGUGCCAAUGUUGUCUGCAAGUUCACGCGUCGUGAACUUUUGGACGUCCACCGCAACAUUGUGCUUCGUCUGUUGGCAAGUGGGGACAUCAAUGGAUGCCGUCGCCACCUUUUGAAAUUCAUGGGCCGGUUGCGGAAUGACGUAAAUCUACACAACUGCCUCGCAUGCGCUGAAUAUGUGGAGGGCAAGAUCGAUUGCAGCAUCAACGCGUUGAAGCGUGGUCUGGCUGCCCAUCCCGACAGUAUUAUGUUGAUUCGGUCGCUUCUGAACGUCUUGGUCGCCACCCGCCGUUUCAAAUCUGCUCUGCACACGGCGCAGGCUUAUGAGUCCACCUUAUCGGGCGCUGGCGCGUCCGGUUUCUACUGGUGGGUACUGAUGCAAUGCCAUAUAAAUAUGAGCAACCGCCAAGGUGUUGUUGAGGUACUAUCACGCCUGGUGGAGCGUGGGGACUGCGAGGAGACGACCUCCGCACUGCAGCAAGGCUGUCGUUUUCUCGAAUCGCAAGGCAUGCACUCUGAAGCCGUGCAGAUCAGCCGACAUCUUCACGCGAGCAACCCUGACAACACCGCCGCAUUUUGCGGUGCCCUGUUCAAUGAGUCAUUUUUGCCCGGUGCCGCUGGCGCCACGCAGUGCACCCUGCCCGCGUCGUUCACCGGGUCUCUAUUCAAGGAACUUCGCUACAUAGAUCCGGAGGAUCUGGAGGCUGAAGGGACUUUGUCCUAUGUGCGUCAAGUUGAGGAAGUGCGCAAGUCCAGCAAAUCUCGUAAGCGCCGUCGUGCGCCCAAGGUGGACACGUCGCGUGGACCCCCCGACCCAGAGCGCUGGCUACCCAAGUACCAGAGGGCGGCGUUCAAAAAGCAGCUGAAGCGCAAGAAGGACAUGCACAAGGGGCAGACUCAGGGUUCCACCGGUACCGCUGCGAGCAACAAGCCCACCAGCGUCACCAUUAGCACGGAGACUUCCAACAUCAGGUUUGCACUAGUGAUCCACCAUGUCAUCCAUUUGCAGGCGCCGCCGCAGCAGGAAGAAGUGAUUGCCACGUAG